UGUGAAUGAAGCAAAUUUCUGUUUGAAACCACCAUCGAACAGUACCGAAGGGGUCCCGCCCGAACAGGUUGCAACCGAGCGAACAGCUGUUUACAUUCGCCACCGCGCUGUGAUUACACGCUCGUGUGCAUUUUCUGUGCUAGCAUUCUAAACACCCAACAAUAUCCAUCGAAAGCGUUGAAAAUCUACAGCAAAGAACGCGUGCGAAAGGAAGAUGUUUGAUAGCCGAGACUUGAUGUGCUUACGACACUGCAAUAGAAUCAUUUUUUCAUACGACGUCUUAGUCCAAUGUCCCAUUUGCUGCAAAUCUUUGGGCGAAAGUCUAGACGAAACACCAUUCACGUUGCCGUGUCCAUUUGUCCGGGCAUAUCAACAUCCUUGUUCGAUUGUCCUUCGACCGUCUGUGGGAGAUUUUUUGAGCUCAUUUCAAAAUCAAAAUAAUCUACACAUUGGAUUAACAUCGUCCAAUGGAACGAUCUAUGAGUUCGACGUUAAAGGUUUAGUGAAAACACCAUUCAAUAAUAGGAUCGUGGCCUUGAAAGACGAAAGCUGGGACCAAUGUCUUGUAAUUGCUCAAGUACCCGAAUCGUGGUACGACCGAUGGGAUGAGGUGUUGGAGCAGAUUUCAACUGAUCAGUCGUGGAGCGAAGAGAUGUACGAGAAAGACUCCCACAACUGCUACUCAUUUGUAUUAGGCUUUCUGAAAGCACUGGAGUAUGGAGAAUUUUCGGCGCUUUGUCAUGACAAAUUAUUGUUCAGUGAGAAGAUCGUGGCUUCCAAGACACAAAAUGCUGCUAAGUACAUCACCAUUCAUCGCAAGCUUCAAGGAUGCAAUUAUUUCACCGAAGAACAGGAAUGAGAAACUGUGGACUGAUAGUAGUAACAAGAAACUGACUGUGAUCCGUAAGCCGUAUUUCUAGGUGAAGCUAUCCGAAGCUUUGUAUUAUCUUUUGUAAUAAAAGUGAUUUGACUGUAACAG